AUGAUUAAAGCUUUGGUUGUAGAGAAGGGCUACACAUGUGAUGACCACGAAGAAGAACUUUUUGACAAUUGCUACAUAGUCGUGGAGAAAGAUGGACCAUUUACACGUGAUGCAUGUCCGGAAGGGUACUCACUUCAUAUCCUAGAGAGCAAACAAGAAUUUAAAUACAUUUCAGCUAUAUAUGACAAUAGCUAUCAAAAAUUAUAUAUCGGGAACACUGGUGACAAUGCAAAAUGGUUGAAUGUUCAAACGCCGAAGCCGCUAAGAAGAAGAGCAAGAGAUGAUUCAGGUGGUGAUAAACCGAUUUACGUCCGAAUCAAAAGUGGUCCAAAUAGAGAUGGUACAGUAAGAGGAGGCGCAUACUGGGGACCAGCGAAGAAGAAUCUACCUUAUUUGUGCUCAAGACCAGCUAUUCCUUACGAAGAAACUUCUCAAGAUUUUGAUGAACACUUGAAACAGCUUGGAUUUGAUACGAUAAUGGUGAAAAAUAAAUUUGGGCAGAAACGGACUUUUGUAGAUCUCGGCGCAGUAUUCGCGGUUGAAGGAGAUCAAUUCAAAGCAGAUUUCACUAAACUGCAUGAUCCUUGCUCAGUCAGUUUUUUCAACCACGGUCUUCAUUUCCUGUAGAA